AUAUAUAAUCAAUAUUCAUCCGAAGGAUAAUCAUAUGCAUUUUCAAGAAAUAAAAUGAGAGAAAGAGAGCUUUAUGAAGGUUUCUUUAUGUCUUCAUCACCUUGGGGAAUGAACUAAAAUCUGCAAGCUUCAAUUCCGCGUUCAUUUUUUAUUGUAGCCUACCCAUAAAGAGGCCACCAUGGCUAGCGUUCUAGUUAACACGGUCAAAGAGGCAAUAGAUGAUUUAGGAGAAAAAUUGCAAGAAGUACAACCCGUCAAUGCACUCGAAGAGACUAUAGCUGAUGUAGGAGAAGAAUUACAAGUACAACCUAUAAAUGCACUUAAAGGGGCUAUAAGUGAUGUAGAAGAAAAAUUACAAGAAAUACAACCUGUCAAUGCAAUCGAAGAGACUAUAGCUGAUGUAGGAGAAGAAUUACAAGUACAACCUAUAAAUGCACUUAAAGGAGCUAUAAGUGAUGUAGAAGAAAAAUUACAAGAAAUACAACCUGUCAAUGCAAUCGAAGAGACUAUAGCUGAUGUACAAGAAGAAUUGCAUGAAGUAAAACCUACCCAUGGCCUCAUAGAUACCAUAUCUGAUGUACAAGACAAAUUGCUUGAAGUACAACCUGUCAAUGAUCUCAUAGAAACGGUGUCUAAUAUACAAGAAGAAUUGCAUGGUAUACAACCUCUAAAUGAACUCAAAGAGACUAUAGCUGAUGUACAAGGAGGACUGGAUGACAUGCUAGUUGUUGCAACAAUCAUAGAGACUAUAAUACCUCCUUUGAUUACAGUCAUAAAGAUUGUAGUACCUCCUAUCCUUUCCCUCAUGAAAAAAAUCACCAUUAUGUGUGCUAAAUGGGACUGAAGAGGACUAAAGUGGUUUCUACUUAUGAUUUAAAAGUGCUUAAGAAGGUAAUGUGUAUUCAAAAGUUGAGGAACAUGCAAAGGGCUUAAAAGAUAAUAUGUAUACAGAGGUUAAGGAACGUCAUAACUUUUGUAAUGUUAUUGAGUUUGAAAUUGAUCAGCCUAAAGUUAAAUGAUUAUAGACAAUAAGAACGGAAAUGUCAAUAAAUAUACAAUGUUAUUAUAUAAAUUGAAUGAACCUUGAAGGAUAUAAAUUAUUAAUUUCUAUGAAAUUACUUUUUUUAUUUUAUUUUAUUUUAUUUUAAU